AACCCAGGGACUCCGGAGGCGUGGCCAGGGGGGCGGAGCCUGUGGGCGUCCUGGAGAUGCUGCCUAGCAACGUCAGGGGUGGGCCUCGGGAGGUCCUCCCGGAAGGGAAUUCAAAACAAACUCCAGAGAGGAUGCUCUGGAACUUGACCCGGCUCCCUCACAGCACGUCUCAAAGCCAUGGGUGAAUCCAGUCCCAAAGGGACCCUACAGUGCAUCUUUGGGACCAGCCAGGUGUUCCAGAACAUUGAUGAUGUAAAGCCAAAGGCCACGGGAUUAACAGUGCCCCUCAAAGUCAGGGAGUACUAUCACCAAGGCCAGCAGUGCUUGGAGAGAGAGGACUGGGAGAUGGCCGUGCUGUACUUUUCCCGCGCCCUCCACCUGAACUCCCAGCUGGUAGACUUCUAUGCUUUACGCGCCGAGGCCUACAUCCAGCUCUGUGACUUCUCCUCGGCCGCCCUGAACCUGCGAAGGGCCUACUCCUUCCAGCCGGAGAACACCAAAUACCUGGAGCGGCUUACCUUCGUCCUUUACCUGCAGGGCCAGUGCCUGCUCGAGCAGUGUGCCUUCCUGGAUGCCCUGAAAAUCUUCUCGCAAGCCUCUGCACUCCAGCCCGAGAAAGCCAGCUUCCGUUACCGAUGCAUGGCCUGUCUCCUGGCCCUCAAACGGCACCAGGACUGCCUCUCGCUCGUCACCAAGGAGGUGCAGCUUGGCACAACCAAUGCCGACGUCUACAUCCUCCGGGCCAGGCUCUACAACUUCUUCCAGAAGCCCAGCCUCUGCUAUCGAGACCUGCACAGAGCCUUGCUGUUGGACCCCAAGCACCCACAGGCCAAGGUGCUGCUCAAGAUGAUGGUGGACCAAGCCCAGCAGGCUCGCCAAGAUGCCGGGAUCCUAGCCGUGCAGGGCAAGCUUCAUUACGCUCUGCAGCGCAUCAACUGUGCCAUCGAGAACAACCCUCUGGAUCCAGGCCUCUUUCUUUUCCGGGGCAUCAUGUACCGCCGCCUCUGGGAAUUUGACGCAGCUGUGGAGGACAUCCUGAAGGCGCUGGACAUGAUGAGCGAGCGCCAGGAGGACAUCGCGCAGCAGGCGCAGCGGCAGCUGCUGCUGGCCUACAACGACUUCGCGGUGCACUGCUACAUGCAGGGUGCCUACCAGGAGGGGGUGCUGCUGCUCAACAAAGCCCUCAGGGACGAGCAGCAGGAGAAAGGCCUGUACAUCAACCGUGGGGAUUGUUUCUUUCAGCUGGGCAACCUGACCUUUGCGGAGGCAGACUACCAGCAGGCGCUGGCACUGAGCCCACAGGACGAGGGUGCCAACAUCCGCAUGGGCCUGCUGCAGGAGAAGAUGGGCUUCUGCGAGCAGAGGAGCAGGCAGUUCCAUAAGGCAGAGAGCCACUUCUCAGUGGCCAUCCAGCACAACCCCCGGAAGGCCCAAUACUACCUGCACCGUGCCAGGAGCCGGCAGCUCCUGCAGAACAUUCUGGGGGCCCGCCUGGAUGUUGCCACCGUCCUGCUCCUUAACCCCAAACAACCUAAGCUGCUCCCACUGAUGGCCAACCUCUUCCCGGGCAUGUCGGUGGAGGAGGUGCUCGGCAGCCAGGCAGCCCACCUGGCCAGGUUGCAGCUGGAUCGGGUGUCGGAGAGCAGCCCGCAGGCUGGCAUCCCUCAAGGCAUCGUGGGGCAGCUCAGGGAGCGGGAGCGAGAGCGCCACAAGGCACGGGCCCUGCAGCUCAGGUGGAAGCAGGAACAGCCUUUGGCCGAGACCUCUGAAGAGCUCAAGGCCACCACCCCCCAGACCCUGGAGGGAAAGCCAGCAGGUCCAAAGGAGGAAGCUGAGGCCCCCAAGAAGGAGGAAAAACAGAGCUGUGCCACUGGCCCACGGCCUCCCACAGCCGGUGACUGCCUUGCCUGUCUCUGCCCUAGGAGGAGAAGCCGAAGGCCGCAGCCAGCAAGUCAGGACCCUGUCCACCUCAGAGACAGCGAUGUCCACUACCUGCCAGGAAUACAAGAGCACCUCGGGCACUGCUGUGACAUCCUCAAUCUCCUCACUGCUGAAGACUCAAUCCUCAGACCUGUUGGAGAACGGGAAAGACCUAAAAUUGAGCCACAGGCCCAGAGAAAACGAGGCCGCCCGGGGCCAGAGCCGGAGGCCCAGCCAGACCGCGGCCGCCCAAGGCCAGAGCCGGAGGCCCAGCGAGAUGAAGGCCGCCCAGGGCCAGGGCCAGAGGCCCAGCGAGACGGAGGCUGCCCAGAGUUUGAGCCAGAGCACGAGCCCGGGUUCCAGCAAGACCGAAGUAACCAGGGCCUGAGCCUAAGUCUCAGAAAACCCCAGCCAGAAAAAUCAAGGCUGGCCAGGACUCCAGCCCUAGCAGUUACAUUGUUCUCUGGAGGGACCCUUCAGCCCCUCACUUCUUGCUGGGUGUGGAAGAGAUUCUAACCCCCUCCCCCCAUACACACCCGCUCACUGGCACUCAGCAAACUAGCCUCCUUCCAGAGCAAUUAGAUACCUCAGCCAACAUUCCUCUGGUCCCAUGGCUAAGUUUAUUGUAUUUGUUCUCUUAUAAAAUUAAAAACUUUAAAAACUAGG